GCGAUAUUUCCUGGGGAGAGGGAAAGGAGGACAUCGAGCGGAAUAACACUGUUGCAGAAAGGAGAAAUGAGCACCAGCAGAUCAUGAGCUCAAGAAAGAAAAGAAAAGUGGAGCAUUUGGUUAUCCCAAAGAGAAAUGCCAGGAUAACACCAGAAAAGACAGCCCAAAUAUGGAUAGAAAGACAAGAAGACCAGGAGGAAUUUAAGAUUAUUUAUGUCAACGCUGUCAAAGGAUAUGGCGUUUUCGCUACAAAAGAAUUCAAGAAAGGGGAUUUUCUACUAGAGUAUGUUGGGGAAACUAUUGAUGAAGAAGAAGCAGUGGCAAGAGAGAAUAAAUAUGCCAUGCGACAGAAGAAUGCAAAAUAUCCCAGAUGCUAUACCUUCUAUCAUAAACACAAUGGGAGACAUUUCUGCAUAGAUGCAACCAACACGACCGGAAGAGCUGGCAGCUUGGUCAAUGAUGGCAUAUUGAUGAAGCACUUCAAUUGCAAAAUUAGAAAGAUAAUCAUAAAUGGAAAAGUGCAUUUGGCUCUAUUUGCCACUAGACAAAUUACCCGUGGUUCUGAAAUCUUGUAUGAUUACGGGGAAGACGAUUUGUGGUGGAGAAAGUCUUGUGGGAACGAUGUCAACUUGGAGACUUCUGGUAAGGGCUUUGACGCAUUGCUAUUCAUGCACUGA